CACUGCUCUCCGCGCAUGCCCCUUGACGGCCCCGCAAUGGCGGCGCCCGGGGAGCAGCUCAGGAGGCGGAAGGCGGCGGACGCGGGCCAGGAGCCUGCGUCCCCGACGGGGCCAGGGCACGACCCCGCGGGCUGCCCGGCCCGCCUCCGCGCGGGCACCUUCUGGCUGACCAGGAUCGUGCUCCUGAGGGCCCUGGCUUUCAUUUACUUUGUGGCAUUCUUGGUGGCUUUUCAUCAGAACAAGCAGCUGAUCGGAGACAGAGGACUCCUGCCCUGCAGAGCGUACCUGAAGAGUGUGCAGCAGCACUUCCGGGGGCAGGUUGGCUGGGACGCCGUGAGCUAUGCCCCGACCCUCCUGUGGCUGCUGGACUGGUCACACAUGGACGCCAACCUGGAUGCCCUGGCACUGCUCGGGCUGGGCAUCUCAUCCUUCGUCCUGGUUACCAGCUGUGCCAAUAUGGUUCUCAUGACUGCACUCUGGGUCCUCUACAUGUCCCUGGUCAACGUGGGACAGAUCUGGUAUUCAUUUGGAUGGGAGUCCCAGCUUCUGGAAACGGGGUUCCUGGGGAUUUUCCUGUGCCCUCUGUGGACUCUGUCUCGGCUGCCCAGGAAGACCCCCACGUCCCGGAUCGUUCUGUGGGGCUUUCGGUGGCUGAUUUUCAGAAUCAUGCUCGGAGCAGGCCUGAUCAAGAUCCGGGGGGACCAGUGCUGGCGAGACCUCACCUGCAUGGAUUUCCACUACGAGACGCAGCCGGUGCCCAACCCCAUGGCCUACUUCCUGCACCACUCCCCAUGGUGGGUCCACCGCUUCGAGACCCUCAGCAACCACUUCCUGGAGCUGGUGGUGCCCUUCUUCGUCUUCCUCGGACGGCGGAUGUGCGUGCUCCAUGGCGCCUUACAGAUCUUCUUCCAGGUGGUCCUCAUUGUCAGCGGGAACCUGAGCUUCCUGAACUGGCUGACCAUCGUGCCCAGCAUCGCCUGCUUCGAUGACGCCACCGUGGGGUUCUUAUUUUCCUCCGGGCCUGGCAGCCUCAAGGACCAAGUCCUAAAGAUGCAGGAGGAGGAAGCCCGGGAGGCCCGGCCUACGCCGACAUACGGCUGCAUGGUGCGGCAGGCAGCCAACCUGGCCCUGGGUGUCCUGCUCGCCUGGCUCAGCAUCCCUGUGGUCAUUAACUUGCUGAGCCCCAAGCAGGUCAUGAACACCUCCUUCAACCCCCUCAGAAUCGUCAACACAUACGGAGCCUUUGGAAGCAUCACCAGGGAGCGAACAGAAGUCAUCCUGCAGGGCACGGCCAGCCCCAACGCCAGCGCUCCAGACGCUGUGUGGGAGGACUACGAGUUCAAGUGCAAGCCGGGUGACCUGAGGAGACGGCCAUGCCUCAUCUCCCCCUACCACCACCGCCUCGACUGGCUCAUGUGGUUCGCAGCCUUCCAGACCUACGAGCAGCACGAGUGGGUCAUCCACCUGGCGGGCAGGCUCCUGGCCAACGACGCCGAGGUGCUGUCCCUGCUGGCCCUGAACCCCUUUGCGGACAGGGCCCCCCCCCAGGUGGGUCCGGGGAGAGCACUACAGGUACAAGUUCAGCCGCCCCGGGGGCCUGCACGCCGCAGAUGGCAAGUGGUGGAUCCGGAAGAGGAUCGGCCCCUACUUCCCGCCUCUCAGCCUCCAGAACCUGAAGGGCUACUUCAGGUCACGGGAGUGGCCGUUCCCAGCACCGGCAGAGAAAUAAAGUGGGAAGACAUUAGCACCCCCGCACCGCCACCUGCACCAGAUGUCCAGGAAAGCAAGCCAGGGGUGGCAUUGGGGGUCUGCUGGGGUUGUGGGUGGCCAUGUCUGCUUUCCUCAUCCCUCACAGUGGGUCCCCAGGAACCCUGGUCAUCUCCCUUGUCACAGGCCCCAGACAUGGGCGUUCCAAGGGAGCUGUGGCUGAUCCAGCACCCACUACCCGGAGCUCGGUUCCCCCAUUGGCCAUGGCCGGGCCAGGAGGCUCCCUCAGGGUCCUAGGCACCUGGGCUGCUGGUCUACAGCAGGCCAAGCCCCUGGUGUGCACCUGGUAUGGCGGUGAGGAGUCCUCGCCCCCUGCCUCUCCUCCACUGCCCCUCACCUUCCCCCCCGGGGUUGGCUCCCACCACAUCCAGAACAGACUGAGGGGAGAAGCCAAGACUUCCAAUCCCCCUCAUGCCCACCCCUCCUCAACCCCCCCCCUCCACACACACACCCCCCACAGCUGGUCUGGGCCCUGCUUCCUCCCCAGAGGCCAGCAUCCAGAGCCCUGUGUCCCCCCACAGUGAGCGAAGUGCAUCCUCGUGUCCCCUGUGACCGCGUCUCCCCAGCCCACCAUGGCCUCCUGCUGCUGACCUGCGGGCAGCGGACAGCAGAGCUGCAGGCCCAGCCUGGGUGCUGGGGCGGCAGGGUCCCCACGGAGCGGCUCUGAGGCCCAGUUGUCAGAAGUUAAAGUGGACUAAUUAUGUUUUGCUUGGCAAUCCAGGGGCUCCGUGGCAGUGAGAACUGGGUGCAGCCCAGAAUCUUUGCUGCCUGACGUGAGUUGUGAGUGAACAGGGUAGGGUCCUGCCAGACAAAUAAGCUGGCACCCAGUGGUGCCGCCCCGGCCCCGCUCAGCCAGGGGCCAGGGGCCAGGGGCCAGGGGUGCUGGCAGCCUUCCCUCCUCCCCUCCCUCCCGCCCACCCCCACCCGCCAGCCCUGGCCGUCCUGCAGAGUGCCGGAGAGGUGGUGCCGGCCAGGAGGCUGGCUGAGGUGGCACAAGCACAGGUCUGUGUGGAGCGGCCCCCUGCCGCCUGGGGGGCCGGCCCAGGUGCCAACAGAGAGGCCGUGUUCCUGCUCACAGGGAACAGGCGCCCUGUGUCUGAGCGGACAGACAGGGCCUCAGACGGGGAGCCUGGAGCCAGCAAGUCUGCCCGCGGCAGCCAAGCGCCAGCCACAGCCCGGCAGCCCUUCCUGGGGGGUCGUCCUGGGGGCUCUGCCAAUGGGUGGGGGCACCAGGGGGCCUGAAGAGACCCUGUACCUCGGCUCCGGUGGUUCUGCACACUCCCUACCCGACCUCAGAGGCCUCCCUGCCAGGGGCCAUGGUGGUUCACCCCUCCCCUCAGCCCCUCCCGGGCUUGUUACCACCGGGGCUGGACAGGGGAGCCCUAGGACCCCGCACUGCUGACUAUGGACUCCUCUGGGCCCCCAUCCGGCCAUGCCCCCAAGCCUCCAGAACCCCCUAAGACACACACAGGAGGGGAUGUUUGGGUGGGGGCAGGGCUGGAGCCAGUGACCAAGUGUCAUAGGAGGCCCCUUGGCUCAGGCCCUCAGGAACCAGGCAGCCCUGUCCCCAUCCUGGGACAGGACACAUCGCUCACCUGCACAUCACAGGUGACUCCAGGUCCAGGUUGUGAGGGCGCAGUGGCCGGUUCUGACCCAGGAGGAACCACCAGACCUGUUUCUCCCACAGCCUCUCCUCCUCCCAGAGACACGGUGCCCCCCACCCACCCACGUCUGUCCAGCCUUUGGAGCCUGUCCUACGGCCACUCCCUCCCAUCAGAGGGAGUCCACUAGACCCUUCCUCCACUCAGAACCCUCCCACAGCCCCACCUGCUGAGCAUGAAUCUGGAUCACUGCCCAUUACCUCAGCCACAUCUGCAUCCUCUUCUUUCCUCACACCUGCCCAUGUGUCAGGCCUGCCCUCACCGGAGCCCAAGCUGCUCCUGAUCACGCUCUAGGCUGGUGGGGAUCUGGGCCUGCUGCCCCAGUGCCAGUGGCACUAAUACAGGUCUUCUGGGUAAGCCAUCCAUCUACUGUCAGAAAAAGGCCCCAACACUUCACAUCUGCUCCACCUGGCACUGCCCUCUCUCCAGCCUCACGAGGAUCUGCUGUUUCUUGGUCAGCCCAAAAGGAACGGGGGGGGGGGGGGGGAGACAGGUGUUCAGGGACAUGAGGCCGGGGUGUUAGCCCCCCCUUACCUCCAGACAGCUGAGUCAGAGAGAAUGGGGGCAUAUCCUUCCCCUUUCGCUCACCCCUCUGAAAACACCUAGGUAGAGAUCUCUGCCCCACCAGACGGAAAGCACAGCACCUGGAACAUGCCAGAGUUCCACAGGGAGGACCACCUGUGCCACUGCCUCCGCCAGGAUGUGAGACGGGACUCUAGACACCAAGGCAUCACCCAUCAGACAGUGUUGUGUUCCGAUGGCCCCCUGGGCUGGCCGUUAGCCCCACCCAGAGCAGCAGGCUUAGCCAGCAGCCUGUGCAGGGAGGACUCACACCCUGCCUCCCCUCCUGCUCUAGCAACCAGACGAGGGGCACAGGGCACAGCUCCAUGGCACAUGAGGCAGGGUGUGUGUGAGCCUUCACCAAGCCAAAGGGGCUCUUGGUGUCACAUUUGCUGGGAUGGUUUUUCACUCACUUAAAGGUGAUAAAGUGCAUUUUUUGGCACCUGCUUAGGCCAAGCAUGUGCUCCCCUCAACCUUGCUCAGGUGAGACAUUCGUCCUCAGGGAUUCAGUUCCAGUGCCACUAGGUAAGGUGGAACUCAAUAUAUCAGCCAACCAACUUCAAAACUGCUAACAUGAUCAACAAAAUUGGCAUGUCUUUAACUUGAUUGAUAAAGAGAGGAGAUGCAGAUAACAUUUUUAAAAGUGAGGGCAUUACUACCGACCAUACAGAAAUGAAAACAGUACUAUGAAUAAGUAUGUGCCAACAAAUUAGAUAACUUAGAUGAGAUGGACAAAUUCCUAGACACACAAACUACUAAAAGUGACUCCGAAAGAAGCAGAAAUUUUGAAUGGAUCUGUAAGGUGUAAUGAGCUUGAAUCGAUAAUCCAAAAACCUCCCAACAGAGAAAAAUACUGGGCCUGAGGCUUCUACCAAGAAUUUAAAGAACACUAAUCCUCAAGCUCCUCCACAGACUUAGGAGGGAACACAUAACUCAUCCUGUGAGGCCUGCGUUACCCUGAUAGACAGAUACCAAUAUCCUUUGAUAAUAUAGAUGCAAAUAUUCUCAACAAAAGAACUAGCAAAACAAAUCUAACAACAUAUUAA